AUGGGUGUCACCCUCCACCGCCUCUAUAUCCAAGCCGAUGGAAAGACACACGAUAUCCUCAUCGGCCCCGAGACGCCCUCAGGCCAUCUUGUCCAGAAAUAUACGAACACUCUCAUCGGCCGUUACGCUAACCGUGUUCCUGCCGGGACCCACACGAUCUCGCGUGCUUCGAAUACCGCCUCGCUCACUGCUGCUUCAAAUGAAUCCCCCACCGUAUCGCUCCAUGGAGGCAUCACCGGAUUCGACCUGCAGAUGUUCGAGCCGCUCCCUGAUCUCUUUUCAUCCAAGCUAUUUUCGCAAUCUGAGAUCAAUACGAUCAGCGCGCGCAUGCCCAGCGGCGCCGCUUGCGUGUUCAGUCGCAUAUCCGAAGACGGCGAGGAGGGAUAUCCCGGACGAUUAUUGGUUGAGGUCCUCGUCGGACUCACGCAGCCCUCAGCCCCUCCCACGACUAGCGAGGAUAAAAAAGAGUGGAACCUUGGCAGCGUUCUCCUCGUUUACCGCGCAAAGCUACUGGACGAUAGUGCUGUGACGGCAGUAAAUCUGACACAGCACUGGGGAUUCAACCUGGAUGCAUCGCUGCAGGAUGGCCAAAGCGUGAAGGACCACACACUUGUAAUCAAGGCGGAUCACACACUCGAGCUGGGCCCCGACGCCAACUCGUCUGGAUUGCUCGCACCAGUCACCGGCACGCAUCAUGCGCACGUAGAGAAAGAGACACGCAAGAUCGGCGAGAAGUUCCCUGAAAAUGGCUAUGACGAGUUCUACCUCUUCCCCCGCAACAUCGCCCCGCCCACGCCCGUCCGCAUAUCCACGGGGGACUUGCAGCCAAAGACAGAUUUCGUACUACCCGCGUUGGAGGAUCAGCAGUCGCUCGUCGAGCUCGCCAGUCCCAAGAGCGGGCUCCGUCUGAACUUCAGCUCGAACCAGUCUGGCGUACAAUUUUACUCGAACAAUUUCUCGCAGCCAGACAAAACUGCACGGAAGAAGAUCCACGGUGGGUCGGGCGAGAAGGGCGAUGGAUAUGAGCCUGGAUCUGCUGCGUUCUUAGAGUUCCACGAGCCGCUCGCGGCAUGGCUCCACCCUGAGACGAUCGGCCGCACUGGAAGCGACACGCUGCUUGCAUCGGGAGAACUGUAUAACAGCUUUGUCCGCAUGGAUGUGUGGUAUACCAGCCCGGAGGGGCUGUGA